AAGGAUGAAGGCUGAAGGUCACGAGAUCGCGAAUGUGGAGUUGACUGAGUCCUGGUAAAAUUAUAUUGAAAAUUGUUCUUCUAACCGAAAUUGUUGAAGAAUAUCUACAAAUAUGGCUGAGGACCAAUCACACUAUGUAGAACUGUCGGGAAAUCCGAUAAGAUUUGAACCUAUCAGCCGUCAGACCAACGUAUUUUACGAUGAGGUAAAACGACAGGUGUUCGCUGUGAGAUCAGGAGGAGCCUUUGGAGUAGUUGUUAAAGGACCGGACGAAAAGACAAGCACAACAUUUAGAAUGGAAGACAAAGGACCAGUUAUAUCCAUCAAAUUCUCAUCUGAUCUUCGAAUCUUAGCUGUGCAGAGAUCACAGAGGACAGUGGAAUUCAUUAACUUUCAUACUGGCAGUGCUGACACCUCCGAGUAUUCUCAGAUGUGCAAGGGUAAAAAUACAAAGAUCAUAGGCUUCAAUUGGAUCAGCGGGAAUGAGAUCGUCUUCAUCACCGAUCAUGGACUAGAGCUGUAUCAGGUGACUGCUGAGAAGAAGACGCUGAGGUCAAUGAAGAAUGUCAGUAUCAGCAUCAACUGGUUUACAUUCAUGAAUGAGAGUGCAUUGCUUCUGGUUUCAUCGUCAACCCUUGGUAAUGUGCUAACACCUAUACAUUGUAAGACAGGUAACAUAUCCAAGCUUCCCAAGUUUGAAGUUGAUCUUCCAGUUGUUCCCAAGCCUCCGAAACUCUGUCUUCUUGAGAGAGAUGUAACCAUAGCAAUCUUGUACAGUGUGAUAUAUGUUGUUGUGCUUCGACAUCAACCUAGGGGACCAUCAAAUCAAGGAGCUGAGAUAGUUCUCUAUCAGCUACAAAGGGAAUCACCAGCCAAGAAAACCGAUGUCCUCCGGCUCAAUAUGAGCGGGCGGUUUGCAGUCAACGUCGUUGAUAAUCUAGUAGUGGUACACCACCAGGCAUCAAAGACAUCCAUGGUGUUUGACAUUGGUCUGACCGCUGGUGAGACAGAUAACUACUGUAACUACCACCACCCAGUCCUGGCCCCUCUGCCAAUCAAACCAGUCAAACUCAAGGUAGCUGGGAUACCCACGCAAACCGGACUGGAGAUGAGAGAAGUUGGUGUAGAACUAUAUUCACCCAAUUGGGUUGUAUUUCAGCCUAAUAUCGUGAUCGAUGCUAAGCUUGGAUGUCUGUGGCAUAUUAGUCUUCGGUUGGAUGCACUGGUCCCUAUGAUUCCUGAUAAGUGUCGACUGAUAGAUUUCUUAUUGCUGAGGAGGGAGAGCAAAAAAGUCAUUCUAUAUGUCCUACAAACAGCAUUGGUACCUGGUCAACACUGUAAUCUUGCCACCAUCGCAAAAAUCUUCAACAAACUCAAUGAAGUGUACAGGAGCUACUUGGCUGAACGUCAUGCGCUACAUGCAGAAGAAACGUCCUCGCCCAAGAACAGCCAAUCCGCAGCGAGGGUUUCAUCAGGGACGAGGGUCGUCAUCGAACAGUCCGACAUGUACACCCAUGUACUCACACCAGUAGCUGAAAGGAAAGAUUCAAACCACAAGUUCUUGGUAGCAGUAUUGGUGGAAUACAUCCGCUCUCUCAACCAGUACCAAAUCCCAGUUCAGCACUUCCUGUAUGAACUGGUAAUAAACACCCUUGUCCAUCACAACUGCUUCUAUCAACUACACCAGUUUCUUCAAUAUCAUGUCUUGAGUGACUCCAAGCCCAUAGCGUGUCUUCUUCUUUCUCUAGAGAGCUGCUAUCCGCCUGCUUAUCAACUAGCACUGGAUAUGCUGAAGAGAUUAACAACGGCCAACGAGGAGAUCAUUGAGGUGCUCCUAUCCAAGAACCAGAUCUUAGCGGCUCUCAGGUUCUUACGGAGUGUUGGAGGAGCGGAGAACGCUUCAUCAAGAAAGUUCCUUGAGGCAGCACUGAAUGCGGAUGAUGAUAUGCUUUUCUACACUGUCUUCAAGUUCUUUGAGCAACGGAACCUGAGAAUGAGGGGAAACCCUAUGUUUGCUCCAGGUGAACACUGCGAAAAGUUUGUGCAUGUCUUUGAGCAGAAGUUUGGCUACGAGAGCUUCGUGCCUAUCCAAUGAUAGAGGGCGCCCUACGAUGUAAGGAUGAUGAAUUCUACUUAAACCAAGGCCGUGGUUGAUGCUUGCUGUUAGCCACCUUGGGUUUUGAUGGUGAAGGUAUCGCAAGUGUACCCAGUUAGCGGAGUUAUGACGAUCAAGGUCGGUUUCAGAUAACUUGCUCCAAGAGUUUCAUCCUCCUUUAAGGACUACAAAAUAGCUGGUCAAGGACUUCCACUGCAUACAGAAUAAGGAACAUUGCAAGUGUGUGCCUCUGCACAGUGCAGUAGAUAAUGAUGCCUUUUCACCAUUCCAUCCAGAAAACAAUAUCAUUUUUUGCAAUAAAUUCUUAAAAUAUUAUCUUAUCUAUUCUUUUUUAUUGAAAUAACCUUUUUUUUUCAGUAAACAGACAAUGUACAGAUAAUGAAUGGGAGCAAGGUUUUGUCUUUUCCAUUGCUUUCUUGCUUUGAGUGUUGAUUGUUGCCAAUCUGUUUGGCAUGCAAGGAAACUGACUGUAAUUUUGCAUAGUAUUUUUUAAACAUUGCUUUUCAUUGAUGCAUACUCCUGAAAACUUAAUCCGAGAUCGUUCAAAAGCUGAAUAUUCAAGGGAAUUUUCUAGUGAUGCCAAUCUAACUAACUGAUUUGUUUUUUCUCAAAAAAUGAGAGGAAAGCUGGGUUUUAUUUUCUUUCUCUAUACAUCCAGUAUUAACAAAGACAAAACAUUUUAAACUCAGUAUUUCAAUUAUGUCCGCAUUCAUUUACAAAUUGGUCAAGAGAAACAAAUACUAGAAGACAACUUUGCAUCUAAUGUUAGUAGCAAUUUGAUCUUAGUCUUAUUUCUUAAACAUUUUACCUCCUCUACAGUGUAUAUACACAUCGUAGAAAGCUACAAAAAUCGGUAGGUGGAAAAUUUGAAAAUCACAUUCAAGAUUUCAUUUUUUUUUCGAAAAAAAGUGAGGCUCCCAUUGAGGUUACAUUACAUAUAUUUUAUUAAUCAAGAGUAUAUAUAUAUAUAUACGAGGCUUGUCAAGAGCCUUUAAAAGAAGAAAUCUGUGAUAUCUGUACAUGAGAAUAUAGUUGAUCUAUUUCAGUAUUGUUCACUACACAAAGUGGUCCCCAAAUUCACCCGGGCAAUUCCAUAAGUAAUGAAACGUCCGACUGUCUAUGUAUGAAGUACAUUCAUCGCUGCAAAGUCAACGUUUUGAAAGUCAAAUAAUUGAAGUAUUAUAAGCUAUAUUUUAGACCAGCCAAUGCUAGACAUAUGUUAUCUUUUGUAAGUCAAUUUUCUUCCAAGUGGAACACAUCUCUGUGUUUCCGACAGAUUUGACUUUAAAGGGGAAUGAAACCUUUGGAAUAAGUAGGCUUAUGUCGA